UUCCUUUUAUUGCCGAUCGGAGGGGGUUAAAGUCGCCCCGGCCAGGCCACGGGCUAUCAGUCUCUAUUGAGAGCUGUUUUUUUUUUUUCCUUCUUCUUUAAAUACAAGAGAGUUUGGAGAAAAGAAAGAGGGGGAGUGGGGGGCAGAGUCACUUUUUUUCAGUGCAGGAAAAGGUUCGAAGGGCAUUUAGACGAGCCACCUCGCAGCGCCCGGUCGCUCUCUGCCCGGGAGAUGUGCGCCCAGCCCAUUUAACAAGCGACGAUUUCGGGGGUAAAGAGAGCAACUUUUUCCUCCUGGGCAAACUGCAGACUUCCCCUCUUCCCCUUAAAAAUUCCGCAGCCCGCCUUGUCUUGCAGGAAGAACCGAGGUUGGGAUCGACUCCUCUGGCCAUGCUUGCUGCUACCUGUAACAAGAUCGGCAGCCCCAGCCCGUCUCCCUCCUCCCUAUCGGACAGCUCUUCCUCCUACGGCAAAGGCUUCUACCCCUGGAAACGUUCCUCCUCCUCCUCCUCCGGCAGCUGCAACGUAGUGGGCUCCAGUCUGUCGAGCUUCGGCGUGUCAGGGGCCUCCCGCAACGGCGGCUCGUCCUCGGCGGCCGCGGCGGCGGCGGCGGCGGCGGCGGCGGCCGCGGCCCUGGUGUCCGACUCGUUCAGCUGCGGCGGCUCGCCCGGCUCCAGCGCCUUCUCCCUGACCUCCAGCAGCGCCGCCGCCGCGGCCGCCGCGGCCGCCGCCGCCGCCUCCAGCUCGCCCUUCGCCAACGACUACUCGGUGUUCCAGGCCCCCGGCGUCUCGGGGGGCAGCGGCGGCGGGGGCGGCGGCGGCGGCGGCGGCUCCUCGGCGCACUCGCAAGACGGCUCCCACCAGCCCGUGUUCAUCUCCAAGGUGCACACCUCGGUGGACGGGCUGCAGGGCAUUUACCCGCGCGUGGGCAUGGCGCACCCCUACGAGUCGUGGUUCAAGCCCUCGCACCCCGGCCUGGGCGCCGCUGGCGACGUGGGCUCGGCCGGCGCCUCCAGCUGGUGGGACGUGGGCGCCAGUUGGAUCGACGUGCAGAACCCGAACGGCGCGGCGGCGCUGCCGGGCUCGCUGCACCCCGCCGCCGGGGGGCUCCAAACCUCGCUGCACUCGCCGCUCGGCGGCUACAACUCGGAUUAUUCAGGCCUGAGCCACUCCGCCUUCAGCAGUGGCGCCUCCUCGCACCUGCUGAGCCCCGCGGGGCAGCACCUCAUGGACGGCUUCAAGCCCGUGCUGCCCGGCUCCUACCCAGACUCGGCCCCGUCGCCGCUGGCCGGCGCGGGGGGCUCCAUGCUGAGCGCGGGGCCGUCGGCGCCGCUGGGGGGCUCCCCGCGCUCCUCGGCCCGGCGCUACUCGGGCCGCGCCACCUGCGACUGCCCCAACUGCCAGGAGGCGGAACGGCUGGGCCCGGCCGGGGCGAGCCUGCGGCGCAAGGGCCUGCACAGCUGCCACAUCCCCGGCUGCGGCAAGGUCUACGGCAAGACGUCGCACCUCAAGGCGCACCUUCGCUGGCACACGGGCGAGCGGCCCUUCGUGUGCAACUGGCUCUUCUGCGGCAAGCGCUUCACGCGCUCCGACGAGUUGCAAAGGCACCUGCGGACCCACACGGGCGAGAAGCGCUUCGCCUGCCCGGUCUGCAACAAGCGCUUCAUGCGCAGCGACCACCUGAGCAAACACGUGAAGACGCACAGCGGCGGCGGCGGCGGCUCAGCUGGCUCGGGGAGCGGCGGCAAGAAGGGCAGCGACACCGACAGCGAGCACAGCGCCGCGGGCAGCCCGCCCUGCCAUUCCCCGGAGCUGCUGCCGCCCCCCGAGCCCGGGCACCGCAACGGCCUGGAGUGACGCCCCCUCGCCCCCUCCCCUGGUCCCUGCUCCCGAUCCCGUCCCCUGCCCGUCCUGGCUUCGGCCUCUGCCUCUCUCCACUCACCCUGCUCGCUCACUCUGUCUGUCCGUCCCGCUCGCUUUGAUUCCCUCCAUCC